AUGUAUCCAGGACCGCCUCCUCCUAGGUCUCCACUUCCCAUAGAUGAAGAGAUAGACGACGAGCAGCCUCCUUCAGCAUCUCAUACCACGUAUUUCCCAAGAAACUACCAACUGUUAUCUAGUUCCAGAUAUCCAACUGGUCCAGCCUAUCGAAUACCUAUAAGACAUAUCGGUAAACAUGAUGUGAUCUUCCUUCGAGACAUUCAACGCAUCCUACCCAAUGUCACGGCCUUGAGGAUUGACAAUGAGUUCUUGCAUUCAAUGGAAUCCGACGACGGAUUUGAGCUUGAACCUACAAGGUGGGAAGCUAUUGACGGCCGUGUCAUUGAAGGAUAUGAGCCAGCUGAUGAAAGAACUGAUUUGCUACGCGGACUGCUACGUCAGGCUACGGACCUGGUCGUUCAACUACGGGCCUUGUCUCAAGAACUACGGCAUCAUCGAGGGGGUUCAGAGCCAGCUCCUGUACGAUCAUUUCGUCUAUUAGAGGAUCUCAUGAGGUCGAUAGGAGAGGAGCCGCCAUCUGGAGGUGGCGCUUCUACAUCUCGAGGUGUCGCAACAUCUACAUAUCCAGAUGGCCUACCAUCAUACCCAACUUCAUCCUCAAGUGGUGCUGCUACUAGCUCGUCACUGCCACCAUCAUAUGCAGGAACAGCAGCAACAAGUAUCAAUCCUCCAUCGUAUCCAACAUCAACGUCUUCAGCAAUUGUGACUGCGCCUCCACUCUCUACUACACCAUCAGUGACAUCUACUGUACAUCCGCCAGACUAUGCCGCAGCCACUACGACGCCUAUCGGACAGCAACCAAUCUUGCAAGUUCACGAGGCACUAGCAUCGCCUGUUUCUCCUACUAGCUCGGUAGUGCAGCCUCCAACAAUAUUGCAGACUGAGUCUACUGGUGGGACAAUUGCAUCGACCUCUGAACCUCCAUCGUAUGCUCCUUGA